GGUCAGCUUCUGCGCGGAGGAGGCGGACAGGCGCACGAUCAUGCGGCACGUCCACGCCUGCCUGGCCGCGCCGCAGUCCUCCGAGUGGCGGCAGGUGUACUUGGGCCUGCAGGUCCUCGAGCAGCUCUUCAGCAAGGGCCCGCCGGAGCUCGUGACCGAGGCAGCGACGGGUGGUCACUUUGACGUGGUGCAGCGCUUGUCGUUCCUCGAGAAGUACGAAAUGGGCAUCGACGUCCGCGUCCAGAACCUCAUCCGGCGCAGGGCCACGGCGAUGAAGGCAGACUGGCUCGAGCGGCAGGCUGGGGCAGAGCUGGGCGACAACGGCGACGGCGCCAUGAAAGCCGCGGGCUCCCAGGAGGCAAAGACCCCUGCGGCCCGGUCGUCCAAGUCCUUCCACACGGCUUUUUCGGGGGCGUCGGACGACGCGGGCGGCUCCGGCGACGAGGGCCCCCGCGCGAGGGCUGGCGGGGCCUACAGCUCCGACCCUCGCGUGCGGACCACGGGGAGGCGGCCGAUGGACGAUUCCACUGACGACGAGGACGGCGGGGCGCAUUCGCGUCGGGCCGAGCCCAGCCGGGCCGUGGUCGCCAAGAAGCCCUCGCCACCGGCCCAGGAGGUUGACCUGAUGGGCCUGCUGGACGAUCCAGUGGCACCAGCGGGGAGCAGAGAACGCGCGCUCCCCCCGCCCUGCUCCGAAGGAGGCAGGGCGGGGAAGAGGGGAGGGAUGAGGCAAGGGCUCCCUCGAGGGCGCGAAGUUAUUCGCGCUUCGCGCUUCGCGGUCCUCGUUCCUUCUCCUCCUCCUCCUCGUCCUCCUCUUCUCCCCCUUGGGGGGCGGCGCGAGAGCGCGAAGUUAUUCGCGCUUCGCGCUUCGCGCAGCGCGAAGCGCGAACUUAGGAGCCCUUGAUGAGGCCAAGCCAGGUGCGCUAGCGUCAGAUCUGACGUCCUACCCCUC